CCAGAAAAGUCAUGUGACUUACUUGUUCAAAAUGGCGACCUACGAAUGGACCCCAAGAAAAAGAGACUACCUUCUAGAAGCAAGAAAGGAAAACCUACCACUGGAGGAGGCUACAAGCCAUCCAUUGAAAACAAUCAGUGUGGUGGAAGUAAAAAGUACAGAAAAGCGUGGGACCCCAAUGAAGGGAGCCGGGGCCAGCAAAGCUGUAAAGACUGAACUGUUGGACCCCUUGAGCUCAGCACUGGAAGGUUCCGACCCACUGUCCAUGUUUGCUGCUGAAGUCCAGACACAGACUGCAUCAAAGACCCGCAGCUCCAGUCUGAAGCAGACUAAAACAGGCAAUCCAAGUGAUGACCUGGAUGAGACUUUUGAGCCAUGGAAUGCCAAGAAAGCCAGCAUCCUUACCAAGUACAGUACCUCUGAGAAACUUUCCAUUACCACCAGCUUUCUGUCUGCAUCAGACAAGGAAAGAGUGGUCAUCAAAGCAGUGACGGCCACCACUGUGACAGAUAAAGUGAGAAACAGACUCGAACAGCUAGAUGAUUUUGAAGAGGGAUCUGUUCAAGAGAUGUUGAACCUUAGUCAGCAGGAUUAUGUGAACCGCAUUGAUGAGCUGAAUCAGGCCCUAGUAUCAGCCUGGGACAACGACCAGAGAGUAAAGGCUCUAAAAAUAGCUAUCCAGUGUUCCAAGCUGUUAGCGGACACAUCAGUGAUUCAGUUCUACCCAAGCAAGUUUGUCCUCAUCACAGACAUACUGGACACGUUUGGAAGAUUGGUGUACGACAGGCUGAAGGAGAAGGCCAUGUACUACCCGCCUGGCAGUGGAGUCCCGGUCAAGUUACCAGACAAUUUCACACCUGACCAGGUGCCUGAGUCAGCCAAGGAAACGUGUCGGAACUGGUUUUACAAGAUAGCCUCGAUACGGGAGCUUAUACCUAGGUUCUACGUGGAAACGGCCAUACUGAAGUGUUACAGCUACCUCAACCAAGGGGAGUACACAGAUGCGUUAAAAAGAUUGAUGGCCAUGAUCAAAGGUAUCGGAGAUCCCCUAGUGGCUAUUUAUGCCCGUUGUUAUCUUAGCAGGGUUGGGAUGCUGAUAGCUCCUACGAUCUCUGACCAUCUGAUGCCUUGUUUUGACGACUUCCUUGUCUCAUAUGCACAAAUUCAGGGCGACUAUGUACAGAAUGUGCUAGCCAUGCAGAAGCUGGAGAUGCCUAAAUACCUGACGCUGUUCUCCCCCGCCCUGGACUGGCUGCUGCAGUGUAUCGCCAACAGGUCGUCUGAACAAACGCUCAUGGACGUCCUCCAGAAGUUCAAAAAACACUGCAAAAGUGCUCUGCUGUUGAAUUCUAUCAUUUCUGCGUUCAAACCGGAAUACAUUGCCGUUCGAGCUGUGGAGUUCACAGAAAUGAUUCGGGAAAGUGAGGAUACUGGAUUCCCAAAGCAUUUGUUGCACCGAACCCUUGGGCUGUGUCUUGUGAUGACUUCUCCCCCCGAGGAACAGAAACUUACCGUCCUCAAUGAAGUAUGGAAGGCGGUCAUGAAACUCAAAAACCCUGCGGAUUACAUUGGCAGUGCAGAGAUUUGGAUUGAAUAUGUAGUUAUAAACUUCAAGAAGAGGGAGGUGAAUACAAUCCUAGCAGACAUAAUCAAACACAUGACUCCGGACCGAGCAUUUGAGGAUUACUACCCACAGCUCCAGUCUGUCGUCGCCAAAGUUGUGACCCACAUACAGGACUUCUCUGAGCUCUUUGCAUUGACUAAGUUCCUGCCGUUCAUAGACAUGUUCCAGAAAGAGGCUGUCAAAGUUGAUAUAUGUAAAACCAUAAUGGAAGCUUUUGCAAAACACCAGUCCGAGCCAACAAAUGACCCUGUGAUUAUAAAUGCUUUAACUUUCAUCUGUAAAACCAUGCAUGAUUCUGUCAAUGCACUCACCCUGGCUGAUGAGAAGAAGAUGGUGAGCCACCUAAUUUCCAAUUUUGUGCUGAAGAUUUCCUUUGGGAAGGACUUUGAGCAACAGCUUAGUUUUUACGUCGAGGCGAGAUCUGCUUUCACAAAUCUGGAUCUUGUCCUCAUUCAACUUGUACAGAAUGUAAACAAUUUGGCCAUAGAAACGAGAAGAGUUGUUAAUGGUAAUCAUUCAAGGAAGACCGGGAACUUUGUACGGGCCUGUGCUGCAUACUGCUUCAUCACGAUUCCGUCGCUACAGUCCAACAUGGCUCAGCUCCACCUGUAUCUCCUGUCUGGCCAGGUGGCCCUGCUUAACCAGUGUUAUAGUCAAGCGGAUUCAUGCUUAAAGGCUGCCAUUUCAUUAAUACCUGAUGUACCAAAAAACCUUUACCUUGAUGGAAAGACAAGGUCAUCGGAGCCCUUCCUUGUAGAGUUCAUUUACAACUUCCUGUCUACACUGUUAGCGGUUCCGGACAAUCCUGACUCAGGCGUGCUGUACUUGUUGCGUGGUCUCCUCAACAUCCUCCAGAACUACACAUGGGAACAGAGCACGGAUACCAAAGUACAGAUCUACACACGUGUACUGGCACUGCUGUCCGCCACUAGUCAGGAGGUCUACCUCUAUCACGUUGAUAAAGUUGAUGCAAAUGACGCCAUGUAUGGAUCUGACCCGAAGUUUCUGUCAGAGGUCAAUGCAAUUUGUUCUACAUUACUGGAGGAAAUACUCAACCACUUGAAAACACUAGCAACACCAGAGACAUUCAAAAGGCAAAGUUUUCUAGCAUUAGAACUGUUCAACACUUUAAUUUGUCAUGGCGACAUGUCCCAACAACAGUCGUUUACCUUGGCAACCAACUUGUGGAACCUGGCUCAGAAACAUGGCCAGAAUGAUACCAAACAAAUGGUGCGGUGUUACGAUCUGGUGAAGAGGAAGGCUGAGGCUACGGCGGAUAAAGCUCUGGGAGACUUGGUGAAGAGACUCCCACUGGAUUCUCGGGCGUAAAGAGGGAACAAGCAUCACUACCAGGCAUAGACAUAUGAUGACAUCUUUAUCAGGACAUUGAAGAGGACUUUUAAGUAUAGAUUGUCUGGUAUCCACUACUAGACUGUUAGAUAAACAACAGACUGAGACAGCUCAAAUCAUGUGACCCUAUAUGGUUCUUUCUGGCUUUCUCCAGUUAUACACUGAUCUAUCUACCUAGUAUAGAGAUAAGACACUGAUUAUCUGAACAAUUCAUAUCACUAUAUUAGGGUUUCUAAUAAUGACCGUUAAGAAGGUGUCACAUUUAGUGCUAGAUUCUAUACAAGAAACAGGCUUUGAAAUGAGCUUUACUUCUAGACUGUUGCAAGUAAAGAAAAGACAAUCGACAGGGAAGACCAACGUCAGAUAAAUUGGUUUUCUUUAAUGAUGAAACAUUCUUCAAUAUUCAAGGAUGUUUUUCUUUUAAUGAUGCUAUAUACGGUACAUCAGUGAUAUAUGAUUUGUCAGUACUGUACUAAAUUGAACUUUUUGAAGUGUGCUAGGAGUCAGACCCGAGAUGCUUUUGGAUGUAUUAGCCCUGUAGUAACUAGUGUAACCACUGCGAUACUACUAUAUGUAGACUGAUUUGAUACCAAAAGAAAAAUAACACAUAAGGAUCACACCUGCUAAAUACAUUCCAUUCGUGUCACAGCAGUAUAAUGUUUAGAUGUGGCUGUGGGGGAGAAGUGAUUGAGAAUCUACAGAAUUCCUGUAAGUCACUGAAGAAGUGUGUGAUUCCCAAAUCUGUCGGGAACUAAUUUACUGUCAGUAGAAGAUCUCUAAUAUUGAUUUGGUAAUCGGGACAUGUCAUGUUGUUGCAUUCCUCACACCUCUUUUAAGGGACUGACUUACUGACGAGUGAAAGUCUUGUUCUACUGAACAUAUACUUAUUUAUUGAGCUCAGAAGUUUGUUAAUUUUGGAGAAAAAAAUAUAAAAGUCAUGAAAGAUUGUAAAUGUGAUAGUGGUAUGUUUGUAUAAUGAAAAUAUGAUUGUAUGCAGGAUAGCUGGCAGAAUGCUGAUUUCUGAACGACCACAUGAUGGCCAUCUCCCUAAUAUAUCCCCAAACCAUUAUGUUUUUAUGACCAAAGUAAAUUUUCUAAAGGGGUAAGUAAGGUCUGAAUUGGUCAAAGUCGUGAUGAAAGUAUUGCAGGAUUUUUUUUUUUUUAAAUUUUAGUAUUUCAUGCAUAUUUUGUACCAGGUAAUCCUAAUGCAUUGUACUAAUGUAUAAUUCAAAUGGUUGGCCAAAUGUUCAAAUUUAUGCAUUACUGUGUUAUCAUGUUAGUGAUUUUUCUAUGAAUCUGUAUUGUAAUGUAAAUUGUCUGAAAUGAUAAAUAGUAAAUACAUACAUUGCUUUAACAUUAUUGAUGAGUGCUGUAGUUUUGAAAAAUUGUUUGUCACAUUUAUUUUUACAAGGUGCAAUAAACGAAUA